AUGGAAGCCGUUCGGAAAGUUCUUCAGGAAGGCGACGAAUACGACCUGCCGACGGAUGGCGCCGAAUGCCUCAUUGAAGUCAUGGAGGAUCCUGAUUCCAUGUUCCCCGAGAAAGAGACGGUUCUCACCCUCGGAGACGCCAGCACAGACGAAAGGCUUGCCCUGGAACAAGCCAUCAUGAAGAUGAGGCCCGGAGAGGUUGACGAAAUCCGCAUUGGAAACAAGACUACAACAUUCAAACUGGUCGCUUUCAACAGUGGCCUCAAGGUUUUCGAGAUGAGUACGACUGAAAAAUGGCGACUGGCGAAUUGGCACAAGGACAAUGGAGUGACUCUGUUCAAAGAUGGAAGGGUGGAUUGGGCCUUCAGAAGAUUUUCAUUGGCUCUUAAGUACAUCAUAUCUCUCGCACACGACGUUCCUUCAAGCGAACACGACGAUGAGGACAUGAAUAUUAAUCGGCUUCGGAUGCUUGUCUAUUUGAACCUGUGUGCCUGUCAACUUAAAGCGGAGAGUUUCGAUUUCGCCGUUGUGAACGCUACGAAAGCCCUGGAAAUCGAUUCGAAGAAUGCUAAAGCUCUUUUUCGACGCGGGACUGGUCUGAUGCAUCUACAGGAGUACGAGCGAUCUCUCGAGGAUUUGAAGCUCGCCCUGGAGCUCGAGCCCGGCAACACACAAAUAUUGUCAGCUCUACAGGAUCUGAAGAAUCGUAUGGGUUCACUUGAUGCCAAAGUCGCAGCCGCCAUGAAGAAGAUGUUCCAGUGA